AUUCCCGCAGCCUCCACCCUAGGCAUGGCGCUGAUUGACCUCCCGGAACUCACUCUGCUGCUGCUGCAGCUGCUGCUGCUGCCGCCGACACUACUGGCACGGCUCUCGGCCGGGGACUGCCCGUGCUCCGAGACCGCUCUCUGCCGACCGAUCCGCCAUCGCCCCGACUUCGAGGUCUUUGUAUUUGAUGUUGGACAGAAAACCUGGAAAUCUUAUGACUGGUCACAGAUUACAACUGUGGCCGCUUUUGGAAACUAUGACCCAGACCUUAUGUGCUAUGCCCACUCCAAAGGAGCCAGAGUAGUGCUAAAAGGUGAUGUAUCCCUCAAGGAUAUCAUUGAUCCUACCUUCAGAGCAUCAUGGAUAACUCAGAAAGUUGCUUUAGCCAAAACACAAUAUAUGGACGGAAUUAAUAUAGACAUAGAACAAGAAGUUGAUUGCUCAUCACCCGAAUAUGAAGCAUUGACAGCUUUAGUCAAAGAAACCACAGAGUGUUUCCAUCGUGAGAUUGCGGGGUCACAGGUAACCUUUGAUGUAGCUUGGUCACCAAAGCGCAUAGACAAAAGGUGCUAUAAUUACAGUGGGAUUGCAGACGCCUGUGACUUUCUUUUUGUGAUGUCUUAUGAUGAGCAAAGUCAGAUCUGGUCAGAAUGCAUUGCAGCUGCCAAUGCUCCCUACAAUCAAACAUUAACUGGAUACAUUGACUACAUCAAUAUGGGCAUUAGCCCUAAGAAACUCAUAAUGGGUGUUCCCUGGUACGGCUAUGAUUACAUUUGCCUAAAUCUUUCAAAGGAUGAUCUUUGCACCAUUGCGAAGGUCCCUUUCAGGGGGGCUCCUUGUAGUGAUGCUGCAGGACAUCAAGUUCCCUACAAGGAGAUCAUGAAGCAAGUAAACAGUUCUGUCUCUGGGAGCCAGUGGGAUGAAGAUCAGCAGGCUCCUUAUUAUAACUACAAGGACCCUGCUGGCCGUUUUCAUCAAGUGUGGUAUGAUAACCCCCAGAGCAUCUCCCUAAAGGCAGCGUAUGUCAAGAACUAUGGCUUGCGGGGCAUUGGCAUGUGGAAUGCCGACUGUCUGGACUACUCAGAUGAUGCUCUAGCCAGAGAACAAACCAAAGAAAUGUGGGGAGCCUUGAAGCAAGGCCGGGAUGCAGAUGAGCAUUUCCUGUCAGACUAUUAGACUUGUAGGACUGACCUGUAUAAGUAGGUCUACCUUCUUGAAGAGAUAAAAAUGUAUAUAUUUUUGUCAUGUUACCAUAACUUACUUAUUGGUAUACUCAAUUUCACAGGUAAGAAGUAAAAUUUUCAUUUGUACUUGAAAAAUACAUACAUAUCUUAGAUAUCCAGGAAUAUAAAAGCAAAAAACAAGUGAAUUUGCUCUAUUAAAAUAUUCCUCCGCAUUUCAGUAUUAUAAUUAGAAAAGUUGUUUUCAAAAUUUCAUGCUGAAUUUUCCCUGCUGUUAUUGAAAUAUACUAUUAAAAUCAAUACAGAUUUUAAAAAUAUGUGUAACUAGUAGACAAGAGAAGAUAAUGGGGAAGGGAAUGCAUGUGACCACAGUAUGUUACACACAUAUAUAGAACAUUAUAAUAAACCCCAUUGUUUUUAUAAUUAAUAUAUGCUAAUAAAAGACCAACAAGAACUAUAUGUAA